AUGACGCGCUUCUUCAAUUGUUUGCUAGCGCUAGCUUGUCUCGGAGCCGCAGCCAAAGCAAACGAAGCCACCACGCAAUGGCCACUGCAAGAUAACGGCCUCAACACCGUUGUACAAUGGGACCACUACAGCUUCCAGGUAAAUGGUCAACGUAUCUUCAUCUUCUCUGGUGAAUUCCACUACUGGCGUAUUCCCGUCCCAGCCCUAUGGCGCGACAUCCUCGAGAAAAUAAAAGCAGCCGGUUUCACAGCUUUCGCCUUCUACACCAGCUGGGCAUACCAUGCACCGAACAACGCAACAGUGGACUUCACCACCGGGGCUCGUGAUAUCACCCCUAUCUUCGAGCUCGCCAAGGAAUUGGGUCUGUACAUCAUCGUUCGGCCCGGCCCGUACGUCAACGCUGAAGCCAAUGCUGGCGGCUUCCCGUUGUGGCUGACUACGGGUGGGUACGGCACCCUCCGCAAUGAUGAUGACCGAUAUACGAAUGCCUGGACACCGUACUUUACCGAAGUGACGGAGAUCACUAGCCGCUACCAAGUAACUGAUGGCCAUAACUCUAUCGUGUAUCAGAUUGAGAAUGAGUAUGGGAUGCAAUGGCUGGGUGAUCCUUCCUUGCGUGUACCGAAUGAGACCGCCAUUGCUUAUAUGGAACUGCUGAAGGCCAAUGCCCGUGAGAAUGGUAUUACGCUACCGCUGACCGUAAAUGAUCCUAAUAUGAAAACACACUCGUGGGGGAAAGACUGGUCUGCUGGAACUGAUGUGGGUGGAAAUGUUGAUGUCUCUGGUGUGGACUCGUAUCCUUCGUGUUGGACUUGCGAUCUCAGCCAAUGCACUUCCACCAAUGGCCCAUACAUCCCCUUCCAGGUCCUGGAAUACCAUGAUUACUUCCAAGAAUCCCAGCCCAGGAUGCCUGGUUUCAUGCCCGAGUUUCAGGGCGGUUCGUACAAUCCCUGGGGCGGACCUGAAGGUGGAUGCCCCGAAGAUAUCGGCGAUGACUUUGCCAACCUGUUCUACCGAUGGAACAUCGGGCAGCGUGUGACAGCAAUGUCGUUGUACAUGAUGUUUGGUGGUCAAAAUCCCGGUGCUAUGGCUGCGCCAGUGACGGCUAGCAGCUAUGACUACUCCGCGCCUAUUUCAGAGGACCGGUCUAUCUGGUCAAAGUACCAUGAGACUAAACUGCUGGCAUUGUUCACUCGCUCUGCCAGGGAUCUGACUAUGACUGAGUUGGUUGGUAAUGGAACGCAAUACACUGAUAACUCUGCUGUGAGGGCUUAUGAGCUCCGGAAUCCGGAGACGAAAGCUGCCUUCUAUCCUACUUUCCACACGAACACCUCCCUCUCCACGAAUGAGCCGUUCCAUUUAAAAGUUAAUACUUCGGUCGGCGCCCUGACAGUCCCUAGAUAUGCCAAUAAUAUUCGCUUGAACGGGCACCAGUCAAAGAUCAUUGUGACGGACUUCACCUUCGGCUCGAACACGCUGCUCUACUCCACGGCCGAGGUGUUGACAUAUACUGUCUUGGAUAAGAAGGCUACACUGGUUCUCUGGGUUCCGACUGGCGAGUCUGGGGAGUUCUCUAUCAAGGGAGCUAAGAAGGGUUCUAUCAAGAAAUGCCAGGGAUGUUCGCGGGUCAAGUUCAUCAAAGAACAUGGCGGUCUGACGACCUCGUUCACGCAAUCCACUGGCAUGACUGUUCUGGAAUACGAUCACGGUGUUAGAGUUAUCGUGCUUGAUAGAAAGGCGGCGUAUGACUUCUGGGCUCCUGCACUCACAAAUGAUCCAUUCGUGCCGGAGACAGAGAGUGUUCUCGUCCAGGGUCCAUAUCUCGUUCGCAAUGCUAAGCUGUCAGGCCAAACACUCACGUUAACCGGUGAUGUCGUCAAUGCAACUACACUGGAUGUCUUUGCACCAAAAGGUGUCAAGUCUGUGACCUGGAAUGGAAGGAAGGUCCAGACACAUUCGACUGAGUACGGCAGUCUCAAAGGCUCGCUCAGUGCUCCAAAAUCUAUCAAGCUGCCGAGUUUGACUUCAUGGAAAUCGAAAGAUAGUCUGCCAGAGCGGUUCACAGACUAUGAUGAUUCCGGCGUGGCGUGGGUUGGUAAGUUACUCACUGUUAUGAGCAUCACGCGAGGAAAAGUAGCUGAUAUUGCAGAUGCCAACCACAUGACGACUCUAAACCCUCGAACCCCGACAAGUCUACCCGUCCUCUACGCUGACCAAUACGGAUUCCACAACGGCGUCCGUCUAUGGCGCGGAUACUUCAACGGAACAGCGACGGGAGCCUUCAUCAACGUCCAAGGAGGAUCUGCAUUCGGCUGGUCCGCCUGGCUAAACGGCAAAUUCCUCACUUCCUACCUCGGCAACGCCACUACAUCCCAAGCAAACCUAACUCUGUCAUUCACAAACGCAACCCUGCAAACCGAAAGGCCAAAUGUUCUCCUAAUAGUCCACGACGACACAGGACACGACCAAACAACUGGCGCCCUCAACCCGCGCGGCAUCAUGGACGCAAACCUCCUCGGCUCGGACUCGGGCUUUACACACUGGCGUCUAGCUGGCACCGCAGGCGGGGAGUCGGACCUGGACCCAGUUCGCGGCGUGUACAACGAGGAUGGACUGUAUGCCGAGCGGGUAGGAUGGCAUCUACCCGGCUUUGACGACUCAACCUGGGGAGAGGAGGUGUCCACCGAGGAGUCAACAAAGUCUGUUCUUAGCUUCAAGGGUGCGACGGUUCGCUUCUUCCGUACUACCAUUCCCCUCUCUAUCCCUGCACAUACCGAUGUUUCUAUCUCAUUUGUUCUUUCUACGCCAGCUGGUGCGACAACAAAAUAUCGUGCUCAGUUGUUUGUCAACGGAUACCAGUAUGGAAGGUAUAACCCUUAUAUUGGAAAUCAGGUUGUUUAUCCUGUUCCUGUGGGAAUUUUGGAUUAUACCGGGGAGAAUACAAUUGGAGUAACGGUUUGGGCGCAGAGUGAGGAAGGGGCUAGUAUUGGCAUCGACUGGCGGGUUAAUUAUGUUGCUGAUAGUUCGUUGGAUGUUGCUUCGAUGGACACUAAGGAUCUGAGGCCUGGAUGGACUGAGAAGAGGGUGAAAUUUGCUUGA